AUGAGCCGUUCUACUAGCACCUCUAGAUUUGACGCUUCAAUACUGCCUGCUAUGUAUGCCACUGCGCUCAACGAGCUGCAGGAGCUGGAAUCGGAGCCCUUGUGCCACCGUACUGCGGCCCGCCUGUUGAUUCACAACUGUCAACUACUCGACGGCAGAGAUGAUGCAACAAUUUUGACUGAUAGUGGAAGGGCUGCUCGCGAUUUUGUUGAUUCAUAUGCCGCAAGUUUAGCUAUAUGCGACUUGGAAAGGGGCAGCUUUACUAUCCCUUCCUCCUGCUCCAAGUUUCAGGAGUCAGUCCUCGCCCGUAUGUCUCCACCGACCAAACCACAAUUACACGUAACAACAUCCGAGAUUGAUGGCUGCCUCGAGGGCCUGGCGCAGUCGGAUUCCGCUUGGAAUACUUGGGUGAGCUAUCGCCAUAAGACGUUGCGAUUUUGCGAAGCAGCUCGCGCGGACAACGAGAAAGAUGAAAACAUCCGGCUCCAUCAGAGACUGACCACUAUCCUUGCGAAGUUGACAUCGCAGCUCGAAGAAGAGAUGGAGGCACGGUUUCGAUCAAUGAAUCGAAUGUUCGAAGAAGCUGGAGCCACUGUGGAGAAUCUAAAGCCUCGGAUGAAUCAUCUCAAAAGCAGCAUCACAGAAGUAGAUGCGUUAUUCAAGGAUCACAUAGUUCAAAACGUACAACAAUCAGCGAGCUUCGUCGCUCAUGGACUCGACGAUGCAAGACAGUUACAAGCACUUUUAUCUAUGAUGGUCGACGUGACGCAGAAUCAGAGUCAUGACUUGACAACUUUUCAUGAGUCUGCCUUACAAGAGGCUACACGACGAAUCACCAGUGAAAUUGAUGUCAUUUUGGCAGCGCUUGCCGCAGCAAUUGCCUCGUCCACAUCUUUGCAUCGAGAGAUUGAAAUCUCGCAGUCUGCGGCUGCAGCAGUUGCCUUAAGGCAGGAGAGGAUAGAAAUGGGCAUGAAGAAGCUCGAGAGCUUAGCCGAUUCCCUGCUGGUUCAGCACAAAGGCCACCAGGAACAGCUUGUUUCUGCCCAGCAAACAGCUUCGGAUCUGAUAGAUAUUCUGGAUUCAGCUUCAUCCUCAGCCGUUACCCUUCGAAGCUCUAUUUACAGUGGUUUUGGAUGGGGCUCUUGGUGGCCGUAUGUGUUUUGCCCACUCACGUCUUUGGUUGUUGGCUCGUAUGGGCUGCCACCUUCGGCAACAAGAAACAUUGUGCUCAUCAGCUUAGGUGAGUGA